AUUUUCACAUUCUUUCAUCGUCGUUCUAGAAGUGCACUUCAGGUACUUGUAUAUUUCACAUUGCCCUUUAUAUUUGCAAGAUUGGAACAUGUAUACAGCAGUCAUUUUAGUGACCAUUUUGUGUUGUGCUUAUGGAUCGCGAUUGGGUGAUUCAAAUGAAGACGGGAUAGGGUGGUUGGAGAAGGCUGUUAGUGGUCUACAGAUGUUGCAACACAAACAGGAUAUUUAUAUUCAAAAUAUGGAGGAAAAACUCAUGUCACAGGAGAAAUUACUUCAUAGCAACCAAAGACAAAUUCAAGAUCUGGAGAGAAAUCUCAUUAGUUUGCAAAGAAACAAACGAUAUCCGAAAUAUACAACGAAAUGUCAAUGCGAUGGGGAGGUUGGUUCACAGCACGUCCUGAAGAACGAACAGAGAACUAUUCAUGAAAAUGACACAUUGGUCGGUGUAAAAAGUCCUUCAAGAAACCUUAGUUCGACAAGGGAUGAAAUAGAUUUAAAUGGCAGACGUUCUAGAACAAAACGUCUGUUAAUGCCAGUUUCUAACACGCAGACUAGAGCAGCAUUUUCGGCGUACAUGAGUGCAAAUGAACCAAACCCCAGUAAUGACCACAUUCUGGUUUUCCGAUCCGUCCUCACGAACAUCGGAAAUCACUACAACCAUCACAACGGAAUGUUUACUGCUCCCGAUCACGGUGUCUAUGUUUUUACAUGGACAAUAGUAAUAGAAGAUGGAAAAUAUAUUCGUACUGAAAUUCUAGUAGACUCUCACACUGUUGGAACAAUGUACACAAGCGCAUAUGGAGUUUCAAACCCGAGAACUACCAAUGAGGUAGUGGUUGUAGAAGUCAAUGCGGGAGAUGUCGUGUUUAUCCGUACCAAUACAAACGGUCCCAUUACGGGAGACAUCCUGAGCAUUCCUAGUGACUUGCGGACGACGUUUUCUGGAUGGAAACUUUUUUGAACAGACCGGUGUCAAAUAACAAAUGUGAAAGCAAUCAUUGGAACAGGAUUUCUUGUAUAAAUUUUCCAACAUGAUAAUAGAUAGACAUGUUAUGAUUUCAUAUUAAAUGUAUCGAGUUUAUUCAA